UCUUAGAUUCCAAAAUACCAUCUUAACUUUUUGGACUUUUUCUUUAAAGAAAUUGUGUAUAUAUGGAAAUGGAACUAUGGAAAUGGAUCUAUGGAAGUAGAAUAUGCAGACAAAAAACACCAAACCACUUGCAGCGCAUGGACAUAAUCAACAAAGAAAAAGCCAAGCAUAAGCCAUGAAGUUUGGGAAGGAUUUCAAGACCCACCUGGAGGAAACCCUGCCGGAGUGGAGGGACAAGUUUCUCUGCUACAAGCCCCUCAAGAAACUCCUCAAGCAGUUCCCUGCAACUUCUGAUGUCUCUCUCACCCUUCGCCCCACUUUUCUACUCCAACAGUUUUCGCCUCUCCCCAAUGUUGUUGCCUCUUCAGCAUCUCCACCUGUUGAUGCCCCUGCUUCUGUUCAUCAUCAUCAUCCUGAGAGUGCUACAGACAGUUCCUUGGUGCUCCUCCAAGAAUGGUUCAUUAGAAUUUUGAAUGAAGAGCUUGACAAGUUCAAUGAUUUUUUUGUUGAUAAAGAGGAAGAGUUCAUUAUCCGUUUUCAGGAACUAAAGGAAAGAAUUGAGUGUCUUAAGGAACAGAGCAGCAAGAAUGGAGUUUUUACAUCAGAGAGUGAAUUCAGUGAAGAAAUGAUGGACAUUCGUAAAGAUUUGGUCACUAUUCAUGGGGAGAUGGUGCUUCUUAAAAAUUAUAGCUCCCUAAAUUUUGCAGGGCUAGUUAAGAUUUUGAAGAAGUAUGAUAAACGAACUGGAGGAUUGUUGCGUCUGCCUUUUACCCAACUUGCCCUUCAUCAGCCUUUUUUUACAACAGAAUCUCUAACAAGGCUAGUCCAUGAAUGUGAGGCGAAUCUUGAGCUCCUAUUUCCAUUGCAUGCAGAAGUCAUUGAAUCUACCAACGUUGCAGAAAGACAGCCAAAUCCACCUCUGAAUAACCCAGCAAAUAUCUCAUUUGAGUCAUCACGAGCUCUUGGGGAUGACAACAUGGAUAUAUACCGCAGUACCCUUGCUGCAAUGAAAGCCGUAAGAGGCCUUCAAAAAGCAAGCUCCACCUACAAUCCACUGUCUUUUUCAUUUCUCUUCGAGAACCAGGAUGAUGAAAGUAAUGGUGCUGUAACAGCUGAUAACUCAGCUUCAAACUCUUCAGCCACACUUACAUAAUGGAGAUGAGUUUGAUCAAGAAGAUGUGCAUUCUGUCUAACAGCUUUCAUAUUUUUGGUGCAGUAUUCUAUAUCCUGCCUCAUAUACAUCUUCUCUUUUUGUGAAACAAAGAGUUAUCAAACAGUAAGUAAGAGACUGAAUAAUGCCUCCUGCAGCAGUUUGUGUUACUAGUUGGUAAAUGUUGUAAUCUGUAAUAAGCUAUAAAAUUGCAGGUGCUUUUCUUGGCUUGGAUAA